UCCCGUUGAUAAAGAUCAAGUUUCUGUGAAUCUCCCCUCCCAUUUUAUCUAUUGUGACAUGCUCGUUAAAACAAUUUGCUUUGCACCAUAAAUCAAAUUGAAAUGGACCUGGUGUAUAUCAGUAGUAUUUUGGUUUUUAUUUACAGAACGCAGGGCUGUGAAGAUGUUUCAACAUUACCCAAUAUGGAUCUUCGUGCACGCAACAACCCCAUUAAAGGGAUGUCGGGUAACGACCCAAUCAUCACCGAUAGUUUUAUUGAUAACGGAUGGUAUUCAGUCGUGUACAGCGGCCUUCAAUACGUGAUGCCAGAUAAUACGACAAUACCAGGAUACCAGACAUGCGGAACAUAUUACCCCUACUACAUAAAAGGUAUCCACCCUUCGACGGAAGAAAUGAAUGAUGAUGACAUCGCGGACAUAACUGUUUGUGCACGAACCGCGUAUGCCAGUUGCGUAGAAGAAAGAAAAUUGAAAUUGAGGAAAUGCGGAAAUGAAACACAGUAUAAUCUAAAAUAUACCAUACCGAAAUCUGCGUACUGUUUUGAUCCACCCGGAAUUGGACAUCUUUCAGAAUUUACUGAGCCACCUGCUGAUGUGGACCUCGGCCAUAUGUUUAUAAAGCCGUGGCUUAAAUUCGAACAGGCGAUAAACGAUCAAAAUGAAAUUUAUACCAAACCAACGAGUACUUUCGAAUGCGUAUUCAAUGACCAAGGUUACUUCUACACGUCAUACUGGUAUGUAAACAAUAAGGAGAUUAUGCGAAUGGGCCCAAGUCAAAACGAAACGCACAUUUUGACGGAAGAAACACUCAAAGUUCAAAAAAUUGUGAUGGGAUUCAACGUCAUAUGCGGUUUGCGCGUAUCUGCAGACAAGACUGGACAAAGAACCCAACUUAAUUCAUCAGAUUCAUUCUUUGCUGGAAUACAGGCUACAGAACCUCUGAUUUAUAUGACUAAAACAGACGAUGCAGAAGUAAAGUUUAAGGUCACUGUUCCAGUCGGUGCUAUAUAUAACGAAGAAAAUCAAGAGGAUUUGUCUACUACUUUAAGCAUGAUAAAUCCAAUGUCUACAAGAGAAUGCGGACAACUAGUCUUUCUAUCACACAACAGUAGAUGUGGACUUGAGAUUACAGCUUAUACAGAGGACACUAUAAAUAAAUGGGAUAGCAACUACACCUAUACGUUCAAUAUAUCAACAUCCACAACCGACGUAAAUGGUGGGGAAUACUUUCAGUUUAGACUUCAGAAUCAAAACAUAGGACAUAAUAUUUGGCGUGGUUACACAACUGAUGUUAUUCAAAUAAUUGUAACUGAUAGUACCACGACGUAUAUGACACCAUGUUUUUCCCAUGUUGACCCGCACCAUCGAACCUUCGACGGAUAUUCUUACGAUCAACAACAAAAUGGAACAUACCUACUUUAUGGAAACAGUGCAUUCGGCAUAGAGGUGCACGAAAUGCUUGGUGCAUGUAUGAACGGCAAUGCACAAUGUGCUUGCGGGGUUUAUGUCAGAGCGGGCGCCGACGCAUUUACAAUAGAUCUUUGUCAUGAGACACCCUUUAUCGACUACUCGCGGUGUGGAGAUGACAGUCGAACGUUGCUAGUUUACGAAAUAGGAAAUGACUACAAGAUAUAUACACCAAUUGGAAGUUGGGUGAAUAUUGACAUUGAGCCACACCUAGGUUAUAAAAAAUUUAUGAACAUCGCCGUCUACAGUUCUCCAAAAGAUUUCAAUAAAACACAGGGUCUAUGUGGAUUAUAUGAUAAAAAUAUAUCUAAUGACAUGAAAUACAGUAACGGUAAUCAAGAUGAGCUUAACAGAAACACCAAAAGCUAUGCCCGUCACCAUAUAGAGUUCGCAAACAGUUGGAAACUUAAUGAAAGCAGCAGUCUUUUCGGUUUACGAACUAAUUUACAAAAAUGGGGUAAUUAUUAUUUCGAUCAAUGCUUAUGUUCUUUCACGAGUGCAGAAAAUUACUUGGAUAAAUGUUCACCAAGAGCAAAGCUUGCUAAGAAUUGCUACGUAUAUAACAAUGAAACAGAACAUAACACAUGUGCAAUCAACAAAGGAGGAAAAAGGGAUAUCAACCAUAAUAGAAGGCAGAGAGAAUAUGACCGCAUUCUUAACACAAAGCGCAAUAGUUAUCCAAGGAACAAGCGGCAAAGAAGACAAUUACAGGAAAUUACCGAAGUGGAAGCCUUUGAUAUCUGUGAAGGUUUGAUCAACUCCUCAGCAGCUGUUGACAGUGGAUUGUUUAAUGGUUACCUAGAGAUGGAUUCUCUAAGUAUUGCUCAAAUGUGUACAUUUGACGUCAUGGUAGGAAAUGAUGCAACCUUUGCAAACGUCCACGUUGACGCUAUAAAUAAAAUUACCAAAAAUAUCAUAGAGCACGACUCUGCGUUCGUGAAUAAUAACAAAACUGUUGUAACAGUGUUUCUGAAAAAUUCUUGCCCGAAAAAUUGCAGUGGAAACGGAGUGUGUUCCGAAAACGGAACGUGUAUCUGUUUUGAGUUCUAUCACAACAUUGAUUGUCGAACUGAUGAACGCGAACAAUUAAGCGUAUUAGGUUUGGAAGGCGGUGGACUAUGUACUGUUUCAAACGAGGAAGAUUGUCGCUGCUUCUAUAUUUAUACCACUAAUCUUUUAAAAACAUUUAGCUGCAGACUUAGCGGGUACAUGAUAUACCACGACAAUACAUUCGAAAACAUAUCAAAAGUGACACGAACUGGUGAAUAUAAAGAUGUGUUUACGGGUGAUUGUUGUCUUGGAGAUGAAACACGAAGAAGACGACAGACAGCCAAGAACCCGUUUUACCUGCAUUACCGGAUAUCCAUCAGUAACGAUGACAACACUUUCAGUGACGAUAAGGAUAUGUAUGUUUACAGUCCUCAGUGUCAAGAGGCUAUUCCAUUCUCAGGCGGCGCAUAUAAUAUUGUACUAAAGAAUGGAUACUGUUACAUUGAUGGUAUUUGCAUAUCAGACAAUCAAACACAUCCAACAGAUGAAUGUUUACGGUGUUUAGUAUCUGCAGAUGUAACUAAAUGGACACAUGAUUGCCUCAUCACACAGGAAGAAACUCGUUUAAAUGGAUGGAUGGUUGCAGUCAUCAUUGUUAGCAUUUUGUUUGUCAUGGCAGUGAUCGGUGUGGUUGUAUUUGAAUGUAAAAAUCAAAUGAGCAAACGUCAAGUGUCCGAUUCUCUAUACCAGGACAUUAUUCGACCAUCGGACUCUGUCACUAAUGCUGGUUAUAUGGACAUGGCAGAAACAUCGUUAGAAAACUGAUUGUUUCAAAUAGUAUGAAUCCUGUUGGCACCAUACAUCGACGAUUACAAUCUAAACUACUAUUUGUUGUGAGAUAAAAUAAUGACCAUUUAAAAUCUGGAUAUUUUCGUUGUGAUUAUGAAUGUAUAAAACUCACCAGCUUUUGUAUUAUUAACUUAAGUGUUUUUGCCUGCAUUACUUUGAAUGAUUUCACUUUCGAUCAUUUAUUGCUAUCAAAAUUGCACUGGUAAGAUACCUGAAGGCUAUUAUUAAUAGUCGGGUAGAGCUACUUUCCCUUACGUUUGUGGUCGACCAACGAACAACUUAAACUGUUGAUUUAUCUGAUAUCCAGAGGGCAGAUAUCAGGCAAUAUGUAUAUCAAAACAAAGAAUUUUAAUUAUUAUCAAACAAUUGUAACGUACAUGUAUAUUUUGAACUGUUGUAUACGUAGUAUUAUGCUGUUAUUUUGUGUGUGUUUUUGACGUGCGUACGUGCGUGCGUGCAUGCGUGAGUAAGAAUUGUAUAUUUUAUAACAUAAGACAUUGAUAUAUUUACCAAGUAAAGAUAAGAGUUUACUAAGUAAUUUCUUCGUGAAAAGGUAACCUAAGGGAGCGGAGCUCAGGAAGCUACCGCCGUUUCUUAUUCUUGAAGAAAUUACUUUAUAAAUUCUAACCUACUUAGUGUUAGCCCCUCAAAUAGCAUCAGCUGUAGAAUUAUACCGUGUGCUUGUCAAAAAGACCUGUUAAUCUCAGCAUGACUCCCCAAUAGCCCCAGGUAUUGUGACUUCAUUAAAAUCAGCGUUGACAAUAAAACAUGCGCCUUUGCAUAUGCAAACAGUAGGUGUAGCUGUAUGCACAUGCGCAGUAAUAGCAAGUUACUUGAUCACGAGGAGUUGUCUUCAGAAUUAAGUAACGAUUCUUCACAAAUAAAAAGCUAAACAUUUUAAAACUCUAGCGUAUCUGAUUGGCUGAAACUACAGGGAAAACAUUAAGUGUAUUUGGUAUUUUGUGAAAUCCCAAAUGAACAAUGAAUUUUUUGUUAACUUUUUACAAUUUUGUACAUUGCCGUACGUAAAGAUUUCAUAUAACGUGUCCUGGAUUCUUUUGCAUGAUGUAGUUUUAUAGAUUAUACGUGUCGAUCUUAAUAAUGUCAGUGUACGUGUAAGAAGACGUGCGCCUGGACUUUGUAUAUAGUGUGUGAUUUUAUUGUUAUUAUCGCUGUUAUCUGGUGCCAUGAUAACGAACAUUUUCAAGUACAAUUCUAGAUUAAGGCUCAGAAAAAACUUUGGAUAAAUUGCAAAGAAUCUAAAAAAAAAAUAAAAAAGCAAUUUUUUUAAUUUUAAAUUUCGGAUAGUAUUAAAAUUCACCAAUUUUUAUCAUUAAAAUUCAACUAGAAAGAAAGUUACAAUGAAAUGAAGAUUUGCAGUCUUGCCAUUUAUUUAUGAUUUUUUUUUAUAUUUUAUCAUUAACAGUAAUAUAAUGUACUAACAACUGUUUAUGCUUCUUUUAGGUCCCGUUUUUACGUGUAUUAACAGUGGUUAUUGAACUGUAAAUAAACUCGUACUCAUAACUGA